UUCAUAGUUCUUCACGCAACUAUCCAAACACAACAGACUGCUCUCGACACCUAACUGAAGAGAAAAAAAGGAAGAAAGAGAGAAGAAGGAAUCUCGCUUGGCAAGCGAAGUCGUUCAGUAAGCUUCACUUUAACUCUUGCAGUCUUCACAGUGCUAUCUCCAAGUCUCAUUCAUUUCCAUUCACAUUCUCUCCUAAAUCAAGCUCCACGAGAUUCUCGAUCACCUUUUGUUUUCCCCUCCUCUCACUCAAUCAGAAAGCUUCACAUGCUUUGUCGUUUCCUCUCUCUCUUCACGCAGUUUUCACGGAAUCCUAAUUCCCACGGCUUGAAUCUUCGAAUUUCGUUUUUCGUCUCCAACUAUGGAUCUUGAACUGAAAGAAGAUGAUUAGAGGAGUUUCUCCAAGCCCUAAACCAAGUGAAAGCAGCAGCUAAAUGAAGCGAAAAGUUCCCCAGCAGAAAUCUCAUAAUUAUAAAUGGAGGAGGAAGCUUUUCGCGGCGAUAUUGCUAGGGUUUUGUUUCGUAACUUUGAUGUUGUUGAUGCAGAGUCAGUACAGUCGGAUCAUGAUGCAGAUGCCGGUGCCGAAGAUAGCAUUCAUGUUCAUCGCCCGGAAUCGGCUUCCGUUGGACUUGGUUUGGGAUGCAUUCUUUCAGGGAGGUGAGAACAAGUUUUCGAUUUAUGUUCACUCCAGGCCCGGGUUUCUGUUCAACAAGGCAACAACAAGAUCUGCCUAUUUUUUUAAUCGUCAAGUUAAUGACAGUAUACAGGUAGAUUGGGGUGAGUCCAGCAUGAUUGUGGCAGAGCGUAUAUUACUUAAGCAUGCACUUGAGGAUCCUUUCAAUGAUCGCUUUCUGUUUCUCUCAGACAGCUGCAUACCUCUAUACAACUUCAGCUACACAUAUGACUAUAUCAUGUCCACACCAAGUAGUUUUGUAGACAGUUUUGCUGAUACAAAAGAGGGCCGCUAUAAUCCAAAAAUGGAUCCCGUUAUUCCAGUUCUUAACUGGAGGAAAGGAUCUCAGUGGGUUGUUCUGACUAGAAAGCAUGCAGAGGUUGUUGUGGAGGACAAUACUGUGUUUCCCAUGUUUCAACAGCAUUGCAAGAGAAGGUCACUACCUGAGUUUUGGCGGGAUCGGCCUCUUCCUGCUGAUGCAUCCAAGGAGCAUAAUUGUAUACCAGAUGAACAUUAUGUUCAGACAUUACUGGCUCAAGAAGGCCUUGAAGGAGAAGUCACACGAAGAUCACUGACAUACAGUUCAUGGGAUCUCUCAUCCUCCAAAGACCAUGAACGUCGUGGAUGGCAUCCAGUGACUUACAAGUUUUCAGAUGCUACUCCCAUGCUUAUCCAAUCUAUAAAGGACACAGAUAAUAUCUAUUAUGAGACUGAAUACCGAAGAGAGUGGUGCAGUAGCAAGGGGAAACCAUCCCCAUGCUUUCUUUUUGCGAGAAAAUUCACUCGGCCUGCUGCACUCCGGCUUCUUAAUAUGUCUCUGCUGGGAGCUUUCAAUGAAGCAACAAGGAAAUCUAAUCUAUGGUGAAGUAGAUAUCCGUUGUGCAUCAUUUCCUUGCCCAAAGUAAGAAGGCUAAGCGCAUGGCUAAACAUAGGGAUUGCAUUUUGAGUUGCGGGGGAGGUCGAAACUGGCAAUGGGUUUUGUCGUUGAUAUGCAUUGGGUCAAACCGAAAGUUGUAUGAACAUUAAUAUGGGUUUUUUGGCGAACUUUAUUCAAAUGCUAAAGUUGGGCUAUGUCAAUCUUGUGAAACCUGUAUCACUGCGCCCACCCGAAUACGAUAAUAUAAGGAUUGGAAAUGCUGCGUUUGGGGUGUUGAAAUG